AGACUAAAUACUUCCCAUUAGAAACGACAGGCUGUGGUCUAUCUUGGGUCAGUUAUAAAAAUCGUUGUCCAGUUUCUGCUCUGUUUUAGCUAUUUAGCUAACUAACAAUCUAGUUAGUUGUUUAGCCGUCUUUGUUUAUAUUGAUAAAACACUCUUAUUUUGACACAGUUUAGGUCGCCAACCUAUCAUCAGUAAUUUAAUAAGUGCAAGCUCGCGAAAAGAAAGAAAGCAACCACGAAGAAUAUGGAGGUUGAUUUCCCAGAGCAAGACGCUAGUAGCACGGACGAAGAAGACACUGUCAGCUCUUCUGUAUCUGACGAUGGAGACAGCUCGGAGAUGAACGAUGAGGACUGCGAGAGAAGACGAGUGGAAUGCAUGGACGAGAUGACCACCCUGGAGAAGCAAUUCGGCGACUUGAAAGAACAGCUGUACAAGGAGAGGCUCUGUCAGGUGGAUAUAAAGCUACAGGAGGUUAUAGCAGCCUGUGCCCAAGAGUAUCUGGAACCACUUGCCAACCUACAGGAGAAUAUGCAAAUCAGAACUAAAGUGGGCGGGAUCUACCAAGAGCUGUGUCUUGAGUCUGUGAAGAACAAGUACGACUGUGAGAUCCAGGCUGCCUGCCAACACUGGGAGAGUGAGAAGCUGUUGCUGUUUGACACGGUGCACAGUGACUUAGAGGAGAAGAUCAGACGCCUGGAGGAGGACCGACACAGUAUCGACAUCACCUCAGAACUGUGGAACGAUGGUUUACAUUCACGGAAGAACAAGAAGAAGGAUCCCUUCUGCCCUGUCAAGAAAAAGAAGCCUGUUGUCUCUGGUCCAUAUAUUGUUUAUAUGUUGCAAGACCUUGAUGUACUUGAAGACUGGACAGCAAUACGAAAGGCACCACAGGCGGAGGCGACGUUGGGGUCGCACAGGGUCAAGGUUGAUGUCCCUACCAAGGCUGACAGACACCACCAUCUGGCGAGGUCUGAGGAGGGCAGACUGUUCUAUGACAGCCAGUGGUAGUGCAGAGGACAGGCCUUGUGUAUCAACAAGAAGGACCAACACCCUACCAGUGCCAUAACCACCAUAAACCAUGAUGUGGUGUGGUUCAAACGGCUUGACAGCAGCAAGUCCAAACUCUACAUCUCUCAGCUGCAGAAAGGCAAAUACACUAUCAAACACUCCUAAUGUCCCUCACAGCCUGCUGUACUUUUUCACCCUGGAUAACAGAUGAUGACUUGACCAAGCCUGGUCCUGGAGAGCUACAGGUCAGGGUGUGUAGGGUCGGUGACUGACUAAUGCUCUUUGUAUGUUAAUAUAAUCUGCGAGGCCAACAAGUGUCAUUCCUUCUCUGAACUGGAAACGAGAGGAGAAAAUUCUGGUUGUGAGGAGGAGUGGUGUUGUACUGGGUCUUCUUUAGUGUGUUUUACCCCCACUUUUUCUCCCUAAUUAUGAUCUUGUAUCAUCGCUGCAACUCCCUUACGGGCUCAGGAGAGGCGAAGGUGGAGUCCGAAACAUGACCCGCCAAGCCACGCUCCUUAACACCCGCCAGCUUAACCCGAAAGCCAGCCGCACCAAUGUGUCGGAGGAAACACUGUUCAACUGGCGACCAGGGUCAGCCUGCAGUCACCUGGCCAGCCACAAGGAGUCGCUAGAGCGCAAUGAGCCAAGUAAAGCACGCCCCCGGCCAAACCCUCCUAAGCCAGACAACACUGGGCCAAUUGUGCGCCGUCCUAUGGGACUCCCGGCCACAGCCAGUUGUGGCACAGCCCGGGAAUGAACCGCGAUGCAGUGCCUUAGACCGCUGCGCCACUCGGGAGGACCCGUAGUGUGCCUUUUUUUUUAACAAGAUGAUGCCUACAGUCUUGAACUAACUCCGCUCUUCUGGCCGGUGAGAACAGGACGAGGAUCAAGUCAAGCGGGUCCAUUGGUUAUGACUGGAUGGAUGGCUAAACCCUGGCCCUAAUGAUGUUUCCUUCACUCUGAGACCCCCACCUCUUGUAGUAUUCCAUGUAUAGUCUCAUCUUUCAUCUCUGUUACUAUUUUGACAAGGAUACACCGCUCUCGCUUUUUCUGUCUUCCCUUUCUUCCUUCCCUCCUCAAGGAGACAUGAUACCAUUUUCACCUAACCAAUGCUGUCAGAUGUGUUAUCGAUUCAAGGAAGGAAGGAAGGAACGGUGGAUGUUAACUAUAUUUUAGCAUGGCCAAGGUCAGUAGCGAUGGGUCAAAAUGUCUGGUUGUUGUGCAAUCAUGUCCAUGCAAUCCCACUCUUUUGCACAUUAUUGGAUAUUGUGGGAAAACAUUUGUCUGUGUAUAAAGUACCACCUGCCAACAGUUUUGCAUCUUAAGGAUUCAACAUAUUAUGAAUUGUGUAGAUGUUACAUGCUGUAUAUAUUGGGAGCAUCUGCUGGGUUUUUUUCGCAGCUUAUGAAGAAUUCUACUUAUGUCUGUCUGAGUACGAUCAGACCAAAUUUUUCACUGCCAUCAAUUCAACAGUAGUCCUGUUGUCUUGAGUUUUUAUUUGUAAAGUUUGGAUUUUUCUGUGUAUUUUUUAAAUUUAACGCUCAGUCUACACUACAUUUUCAUGUCAUGCGGGAGGAAAAUCUGAAUGAAAUGUCAGUCACAAUUCAUGUACAGCAAAUAAAAUAUUUAAUUUUGUAGUAAA